GGGAAGUGGGAAAAUCUCAUGCCCAGCCCCCAUCCGGUGUCACCCGCCAUUUGCGCAGCCAAAGGCGUUGCUCGGAGGCAAUGAGAUGUGACCUCGUGUGCUUCUCGCGUCAAUGUCACCGAGGCAGGACCUCUUCUGGCGCGAGCCCGAGGCGCAGCUCCUGGCACACUGCCCGGACCUCUACAGCGCGGAGCUGCCAUGGCUCGCACUGCGCGCCAGCACCAUGCAGGUCCUGCAGUGCGCCCUGAGCGACAGCUGCUCCUUGAAGCUGGCGCCGUAUAGGUAUCUGCUGCCAAUGGCGGAUGAGAUUAUUUACAGGGACCACCAGGAGUUCAACGAGGUGAAGAAGCGGUGCCCCAUGGGUUUCGCCUUGGCCUUCGCUUUGGUGAUCUUCUUUGGGCAGAUGGAGAUGGGGGGCGACCCCGUGCUCCUUGGCAGCGCCAAAGCCGCGGCCUCUCUGCUGGACUUGCGCUCGGGGAAAGAGGAGGACCUCACCUUCGGUGGGGCGAGGCCCUUGCCAUGGCUGCGGCUGCUGGGUUUCGGGGCGCGGCAGCGGCUGGUGAAGAUCCUGAACCUUCCAGCUCAAGGCGGCGAGCCUCGGAGAUCUCGGUUCUGGAUCAGCUCGGAUGGCUUGCCAGGCAACCAGUCCAUGCCCCAUGCGCAGGCCGAGGAGUCGCGGCGGGCUUUCUUCGCAGAGGCUCCGAGGCUUUGCGUGGAGAUCACCCACAGCCACACAGACGACCUCCAGUUGCUCCGCAAUGCGGUGGAGUCCCUUGCCACGGCAGGCCUUUUGGAGGGCACAUCGCUGGUGCUUCGCCUGGGCUGUGAAGGCGCUUGGGCCAUUGGGACGGACUCGCCCGAGGCCUGGUACUUGGCCUGGCUGCGGCGCCGCUUCGGGGCCUCGGUUCUCUGCGAGGCGGAAAAGGAAACGGAGCCCGGCUGCGGCGAAAGCGGUCUGGCGCUGGUGCUGCGCAGUACCUGGCACCUGCUGCCUUUUCGGCCGUGGAUGCACCUCAGAGAAGCUGCAGAGUUGCUCCGUGGAGGUGUAGCGGCCGUGUCGCUGAUGGAGAAGACAUUGCAGGGCUUUGCAGGAGCCACCGGAACUGCGGGCGCCGCGCUGCACCGGCAGGGCGUGGCACCGCUGGCGCAGGAUUGGCGGAGCCUGCUGCUGGCAGCCCCGGCGCUGGCCGAGAAUGCCAGUGCGGCGGAAGACAUGCUGUCAAGCAUCUACGAGCUCUUCGCCCUCCACUCCGACAGCCCUAGCGGCACACGCUGGUCUAUGGCGGAGAUGCCUCAGGGCGUGCAAAGAUGCGCCCAAGCCAAGCACCACAUGUGCGCUCCCAAGGCCUGGUGGCUGCAGGAGCAGCGUUCCGCCUGGCGCAACGGCGGGGACGUGUGGCUGCUGGGGCCGGAGACAGGCGGCGAAGCGGUGGCUUUGGGCAGCGGCCUCUUUCAGCUGGCCGGGCGAAGCUGGAGCUACGACCACUCACCUUCGCAGGCUGAGGCGCUGGGAGUGCCGCCGUGCUAUGCCUGCCACCAUGCCAGAGAGGCGGGGGGAGAGCCGGGCUUUACCCUGUACAUCACCGUCCUGGAUGUACUCGGCUCCUGCCGAGAACUCUUCAGCAACCUACUGCUGGACGCGCUGGAGGCCCUCCAGCUUGCAUCCUUCCAGGGGCCGGAGGUGGUGCUCGUCGAGCCUUUCAUCUCCAACGCGGUGUGGCAGCGCUUCGGCCAGGAUCAGGCGGAGAAGCUUCGGGCUUCGGAGGCGGCAGAGGGGAGGAACGUGUCCAUCUACGCCUACUGGAAUCAGAAGACGGCGUGCGGCAUGCGGCAUGGCAGCGUGACGCCCUUCGGGGACCUCUUCGAUUGGCCAGCCCUCACCGACUGGCUGCGGAAGGCCCGCGGCAUCCGGGGCCAGAUCUCGUGGGAGGACUUUCUGCGGCAGACGGGCGGCGAGGUGGAUGUGCUGGCCAUGCAGUCGGAGCACCGGGACGCUACCGGUGCGGUGCAAGCGCCGUGCGAGGACCAGUCGGAGCCGGCCACCAUGCGCUUCUACCAGAGCGACUUGCAGGUGAAGCGUCGGGUUUGCGUGCGGAGCACGGAGCACAGCACUGGCUUCGAGCUCCGGUUCCUAGAUGGGAAGCGACUGGCGCACGCCGUGGCGGGCGCCGUGAGCCAAGCGAAGGCCCAGGGCAAGGCUUGCGCUUCGGUCGGCUUGUAUCUCUACUGGGUGGAGGGUGCGGAGAGGGCGCGACUUCAUCCCGGGCGCUACGGCCUGCUGUCCUCCCAUGCGCGCUAUACGUCGAUCUGGAGUGGUCUGCGCUUCGCGCCGGGCAUUCUGCGGCGUGCGGCGCAGGUGGCGGGACGGUUGGGGCUCAGGCACCCGCGAUCUGGCGCUCGCCGCGGCUUCAUGGCCGCUCACUGGCGGAAGGGCGACUGGUUCCUGGGCCCACACCCGCGGAAGCUUGAGCAGGCCCGGCUGGCGGAAGCCGCGCCCUUCGCCCAGCGGCUCCGGGAGUCCUUGGCCCGGGAGAAGCUCACGAGGCUAUUCCUGAUGACCAACGCUCCGCCUGAGGCUGUUCAGGAGCUGGCGCAGGAGCUGGAGGGGGUGACGCUGCUGCAGGCUCCCUUCCUGAAGGGGGAUGACAACAACCUCAGGCAGCUCUGUGUGGAAAUGGCGAUCGCAUCGGCGGCCGACUUCUUCUUGGCCUUUGGAGAUGGGCUCAUAGACGGACAUGUGUCCAUGCCCUCCCUUCUGGUCAUGCACAUGAGGCUUCAUGCAGAGUCCUGGCCUCUGCAGAGCAACGCCUUUUCCUUCGCGCCCACGGAGUUCUUUGCCGAUGACCAGCUGGGUCUGUGACCGGCCGCCGUGACUGGCUCGCUUGCUCGCCGCCCCGCGAUAAAAAAGGCCGUUUGUGUGCCAAUCUGCCAAGCAACACGUAUCAUGAUCU